GAGGGGGAGGAAUCGACUACUGUCGCGAAUGGGGCAGCAGGGGCUAGAGCGGUAGAGAUCGACGCGGGCGACCACUGGCAAUUCCACCCCCCGCGAGGCCUCAAUUGCAGUCGUCGUCGUUGUCGUCGUCGUCAGAGAGGCGCGACUGGGGAGCAACGAACUCUGCUCGCCCGUCUGGUCUCUGAUUUUCGUUUGAUGUGCGCGUCGUCGUCGUUACUCGGGCAUGGCCUAGCCCAGUCAAACCCAGUCCUCCUCGUUCUCCUCCUCCUUCCCCUCCUCUUCCUUCUUCGUCGCCACCCUCGCUCGCUCGCUCCCCUGCUUCCUCGCUCCCUCCCUCCCUCCCUCGCUCGCAUGGUUUUCCUCUGCCUUCUUCUAUCACUCUCCUUCCUUCCAUCGCUCCCCUUCUCUUUCCUCUCCUUGCCUGGCAGUCUUUACGACCAGGGGAGCAGAUUUUGCUUCUUUUAGUUGGUCGUGGGCCUCAGCUGCUUUCCGUUUUCGGCUCUGCCUGUCGGAGUCUUGUUUCUUCUCCACGGCAUGGUGGCUCGUAACGGAGCGUCGUUUGGUUUACUAGAAUCUUUCUAAAGAGUGUGUGAAUGGAUGUAAGCUAGGGGGCAGGACGCAACUGCCUCGUUUUGUAAGGUAGGACGUUGAGGGGGCAUCAUGUGCACUUGCUGGAACGCCCUCGAUGGGGCGUGGCUCGGUAACUGUUGGUGGUCUAAGGCAGGUGGUACUCCUGCGGCAACUAGCAGUGUUCACCACUCAGAUAAUAAGAAGGAUCCGCUUCAUGAAAAAGCCCCCAGUGAGCAGGUGUUUGUUCCGAUUCGUGAGCCAAAAUCAUCAGACGAGAUACUUCAGGGAGGGAACCUUCGCAUCUUCAGUUAUCUGGACCUAAAAUCUGCGACAAGGAACUUUCGUCCCGACAGUUUGUUAGGAGAAGGAGGUUUUGGUAGUGUAUACAAAGGGUGGAUUGAUGAACAUGGAACAACAGCUGCUAAAGCGGGUACAGGGUUGACUGUUGCAGUCAAGCAAUUAAAUCAAGAGGGUCUACAAGGUCACAGAGAGUGGCUUGCUGAAGUUAAUUUUCUUGGUCAGCUUCACCAUCCGAAUCUCGUGAAGCUCAUUGGAUAUUGCUCCGAGGAUGAUCAACGCCUGCUGGUUUACGAAUUCAUGCCCAGAGGAAGUUUGGAGAAUCAUUUGUUUCGAAGUGUUUGGCGAUCUUGUCAGUGUCCUCGUCAAGGACAGAAGGGGACGAUGCCAUUACCUUGGUUGACGAGAAUCAAGAUAGCUUUAGGAGCUGCAAGUGGAUUGGCGUUCCUCCAUGAAGCAGUGAAACCAGUCAUUUAUCGUGAUUUCAAGACUUCCAAUAUAUUAUUGGAUAGUGAUUACACAGCCAAGCUGUCUGAUUUCGGGCUAGCGAAAGAUGGACCUGAAGGAGACAAAACUCACGUUUCAACACGUGUUAUGGGCACCUAUGGCUAUGCUGCCCCUGAGUAUGUGAUGACUGGGCAUUUAACAUCUAGAAGCGACGUGUACAGCUUUGGCGUGGUGUUGCUAGAGAUGUUGACAGGGCGAAGGUCGGUGGAUAAAAAUAGACCAAGUGGUGAGCAAAAUUUGGUUGAAUGGGCGCGGCCUUACUUGAACGACAAACGCAAGUUGUAUAAGCUCAUUGAUCCACGCUUGGAAGGUCAAUUCUCAGUAAAAGGUGCACAGAAAGCAGCUAUACUUUCUCACCAUUGCCUGAGUCGUGAGCCAAAGUUGCGACCUCUAAUGGGUGACGUGGUCGAUACGUUGAAACCACUGCAAGAUAUGAGAGAUAUGGCAAGUAGCUCAAGUGUUCAGAUAUCUGCGAACUAUCGAUCCACAGGCAUGAAUGGCCAUGGAGGAGGUCGCCCUUAUCACAAUGGUCAUGGUCAAAACAGGUAUGAACAGUUGCGGAAUAUACCUGUGCGGGCAACUGGUGCAUCGCCUGUGUCAUCCUACUAAUAUUAAUGGAAGUCACUGUUUGGUGUUGCAUUUUAGGACUAGCAUUGCGUUCACUGGAUACUGAUGGUAAUUGUGUUAUCUAGUGUUAGUUACUGAAAGAACUGUUCUGCAUGAUGGUGCAAACUCUGUAAAGGCUAGGAAAGUUUCGGGCUAGGCUAGAUAUGGUAUGCGGGCUUCGAACAAUUAUUCUUAUAUUUAUAAGUUCUUGAGGCCUCCUUUUGAUGCCGAUUCUGGUUGUGAUGGGAUAUGAAGUUCUCACCAUGCUAUAAUACCCCAAAUUUGAUUCUCCAUUCUCCACUGCUCACGUAUACGAUCAAUAAAGAAUCAAUGGUGUGGCGCUCA